CAUCCCGUAUGCAAUGCUUUCCAGUGGCAGGGCCUAGUGGAAUGUGAAACUACAAGUUGUAUUGCCUCCACUUAUUUUUGACAACACCCUCUGCACUGUAUUCGAGACAGCACAACUCCCCCUCAGAACUCUCCCAUGUUUCGACGCAUUAAGGAAGCUCUUUAAAAAUGCCUCCUUAGGGGAUGAGAGGACAUCGGCCAUUUGAGUGUCUGCGGCUGUGGGAUCGUUGACUCGGUGGAUUGGCGUGUGUGUUGGGUCAGGAUGGCGCAGGGGGGAUCUCAGCUGGAUUAUCACAUCCUGCAGGACCUCAAGCAGCGCUUCCCCGAGAUCCCAGAAGGAGUGGUGUCGCAAUACCUUCUGCAGAACAACAAUAACCUGGAUCUCUGCUGCCACCUUCUGGCCCAGGAGAGUAAUCGAUACCUCUAUGGAGAGUUCCAUCACAGUCCAGAAGAACUGCGCCUGGGUCGAAAUCACAUGCUGCACAUAAGCCUGGGCUACCCGGGCUCGGAAGCAUGCAAGCCAAAUGGAGGAGCCGCCGGAGUGGGGCGAUCCAUCGUUCACAGCACAAGUGACAGUCACAUCGAUCCCCAGAGACACAGCUACCCUGAGCCACUGUCGGCCCCCGCCACCAUGGCCCCUUCCCCGGGUUACAAUCCUUUUUUCAUCAAUGACCAGAGCCGUUCAGCCAGCACUCCCACCCCUCCGCCCACAAUUCAGGGUAUGUCCCCCACGUUCUCCCCUGUCACACGCUAUACCAUGAACCCUAUCACUGUCACGCUUUCGCAAAGUAUACCCAAUGCUCCAAAAGCUCUGCAGAUACCCCCCGGGCACUAUGCUAACAGCAGCAACACCACUCUUUAUAUUCGACCCUCACCUUCCCAGAGCCCACAGCCGUCACCGUGGUCCUCCUCAGGCACCUCUGUUUAUCACCAUCAGCAGUCUCCAUAUAGCACCCCCACUUACGGCUCGCCUUACAGCUCCCCUCAGCAUCAGCCCCAACCCCAGCACGCAUCCCAGCACCAGCAAUAUGUUUUCCUCCCCAUUACCUCUCCAACCCUUCCCAGCAUGCCCUACCAUCACCAGCAACAACCCCAGCAGCAGCCCCCUGUUUACAGGCCCUAUCACCCAAAAAGCUCCCAUAAGAACCAGAUAGAGAUUACUCUGGAGGGCCCACGGCCUCGCAGCAACUCUCCCGUUCACACCCCCCAUGGCCAGGCAGCACUUUAUAUGGCCACCAGUCCGUCGCCCGGCUCCCCUUCGAGGGGCGUCUCAAUGACCGGACCGACAGGACCAUCACCCUUCCACCCCGGAAUUUACCUGCCUCAGCAGGUCCCCGUAAGACCUCGGCCCACCUCCUCACCUCAGCCGGGCCAGUCGGCCUACACAUUCAAAAUCAAAGUGUCCCCUGGAGGGCAGGCCCAGAGAACACUCAGCUCGCCUCCCGUGGCAGAGGCGGAAUCACUGCUCAACAUCGUCGACCAGGGGGCCAGCAGCGCUGCCCCUCCACCCAUCCUCCCAAUCUCGGCUCUACCAGGGAAAGUAGCCAGUCAGUUGCAAAAGAUACCCCGACGAUCCAGCUCAGGCUCUGAUGACUAUGCCUACACUCAAGCUCUCCUGCUCCACCAGCGGGCCAGGAUGGAGCGUCUUCUGAAGGAGUUGCUGCUCGAGAGGCAGAAACUGGAACAGCUCAAGUCCGAUGUCAACAACAUGGAAUACGACGCCCUACAGAGACGCUUCCGAAGAGUCAGUUCUUCCAACCUUAUUCCGAGACCUGAGGAGAUGACUCGAUUGCGAAGUCUUAACAGACAGCUUCAGAUUGAUAUCGACUGCACCCUGAAGGAGACAGAUUUGCUGCAGUCCAGAGGGAAGUUCGACCCACAAGCAAUGAACAACUUCUAUGACAACAUUCAGCCUGGCCCGGUGGUGCCACCCAAGCCAGGAAAGAAAGAAGGGGACCAUUGCCCCAAGCCAGUGCUGGGGCCACAGAGGGACGAAGACUUUGAAGGCGCUCAGUGGAGCUGCGACAGCUGCACCUUCCUCAACCACCCUGCUCUCAACCGCUGUGAACAAUGCGAGAUGCCGCGCUACACCUGAUCUUAACGCCGCACUGUCAUGCGCCAGUACCUCCCCAGCCCAUCACAUCCCCUGCUGGUCCUUGGCUAGCGUAAGGCCCAACCCUCUAGAAUCUGCAGGGUUUUUAAAUUUUUUUUAAUUUUAUUUUUUAUUUUUUUUGCCCCUGCCCAGACGACCUCGCCUCAAUCAUAUUAUAUUUAAGACCCUUUUACCUGCUGAGGAAGAGCCACCAUGCCUCCCCGCCCACUCAUCCUGCUCUUAUAUCUGCUACUCCUGUGCACUUUGAUUUUAAAAACUCUUUUUCAGGGGGGUUGGUGACUCCAAUAGCUAAUGAAAUAAAAGGACAUACAAGCUAAGACUGUGACAGUGGCUGUCAUGGGGCAUCCAAAAGGUCAAAGCAAAUUAGGACUGAGAAGAAAUUGUGCUAUACCUGCAAACAUUCCACGCAGAAAGAGUAACUGCCCUGUUUACGUGACCAUAUCCAUUCCUGAACUCUAAAUGCUCUUAAAUCCAGGAAUUGUGUCGAUUUCUCUCUUUCUGAUAAUGGAAUAAUGAAAGCAACGUUAUAAAAGGUCUGACUAAUGCAAAUGUAGACUUUACACUGUAUUUGGCUCUGUGUAGGAGCUGAAAAAAGAACACUAAGAACACAUGGAUAUGAGUAUAUUCCUUGUACUUUUAUGCAUAUUAUGUCACCCUGUGUUGCGUGAUAAAAAUAUCAUUUCUUGUGCGGAUGCCUCAACUUGCUGUACUUAAUAAAGGAGCGGAUGCUACGUGACUUGACCAUGAUCAGCUGUCAUGUCUGCAUACAGUUGUUUGAGUGAGUGGGUGCUCCUUCCACACAAAGACAUACUUCACCACCUGGUGCAUGUUUAUUAUCUGUCAGUAAGUCAGUGAUAGCCAGAGGUGGGUAGGAACGCGCUACAUUUACUCAGGUAACUUGGCAGAGUAGUUUUAAUGCAUCAUACUUUUUACUUGGAGUAUUUAUGUUAAGAAUAAAUUGUACUUUUACUCCACUACAAUCAUCAUCUCAACAAUUGCGUUCGUGAUCUAUUUUUAAACUUUCGUUUUCGACUUCCGUGUCGGGCGCCAUUGCUCCAAUCCAACGUUACCACAGUGAUGUUUGACUCAAGUUCACCAAUCAAAUGACACCAAAAAAAAUCACGUCCGCACACAAAGUCUUUUAUUGGUCUUCGCGGGCCAGUCAAAGUGAGUCGUGUCAGUUGCACGUGACUGUUGUUCACAUUACAGACUACAGAAACAAAUAACAGCUUUAAAUAUGCAGCGUAGUUUUGCAAAAAAUGGAUAUAUCAGCCCACUUCUAACUUAAGAAAACACCUUGCGGUAAGUUGCAGAUAUAACAGCCCUGUUUUAUGGUCACAAGUAACUAAAACAUGCAUCUUCUGGGCUUUGUUCUCCCUCGCUCUCUCUGUCUCACACACACACUUUAUCAAUGUCUGUUCAGCAAACACCUUCCUUCAGUCAUUUCUGUGGAUAAAUCAAAUAAUGUUUCUGUAAGGCCCAAUGCAUGUGUUGCUGGUUUUGGGUACUUAAAAAUUUAAAUGGUAGCAGGAAUGUGUGGACUUCUGUUGAACAUGAGUUUGAAUAUGAUCCAUUACUUAAAAGCUUUUAUAAAGCUUUUAUUUAUGUUUUAGAUUGUGGUAUUGUUCAGCAGUAUAUACAUUUUCACAUUGAUAUUUUAUAUAGUUCUUUUUUUAUGUUCAUGCUCUGAAUUAAAUAAAUCCGAAGUUACAAGUUA